AUGCUAAGACCGACAGCUCGGCGACUAGCAAAGGAGGUGACGUAUGUAGAGGUGUGGGAACACUUUAAACGAUUUGGCGAUUCGAAAGGUUCUGAUAAUGUUAGUUGCCGCUUACUGUGCUCUGAUGAUGUGGCAGCGCAGCUCAAUUCAAAAGUAAAGAUGCGGUAUCUGUUGGAGCAGUUCCUUGUAAAAAGUGCAGCAGUGGGCGGUACAAGUGGUGAACAGCAGCGUUGGUGGACAGGUGAUUUUUCGCGUAGUGUGAACGGUGACCGCCGUGUUGUAACGGAGUUGCUGCUAAAUGAUGGUUGGAAUUUAGUGGGGGUAAAUAAUUGUGUAUCUGAGCGAGAAUGGCUCAUUACAACAAUGACAUUCCUACGGGAUAAGAGUGAUGUGUAA